AUGAACAAGUCAAUCGUCAUAGACUUUGUUAGGGAAAUCCCUCGUAUGGACAUUAUAUCGCGUUGGUUUCAAGACGCUUUUAUCGUAGUGAUCGGACAUGGCCUCGUGGUAUAUCUCUGGCAAAAGAGAAUGUGUGAAUUCAUUCUGAAUUCACGUAAACGACCAAACGGGCAGCAAACGAGGAUGAUUUAUAACGACCAAACGGGCGGGUCCCAAAAACGCGUUCAUGAUCCUAUGACGCUAUGCCCCUGGGAUGGGGCCGGUGAACUUUCCGGGCUUGCUAACGACCAAACGGGCGGGUCCCAAAAACGCGUUCAUGAUCCUAUGACGCUAUGCCCCUGGGAUGGCGGUCGUAAACGCCAGGUUCGAGACGAUAUUAAAGUUGAUAUUGACGAAGAAGGACCUUCAAAUUAUGAUGAUGAGGAAAAGAAAGUUUCCGGUGGUCGUAAUGGUUUCGGUGCUAAAUUAGCAAAUAUAUACAAUUCUGAGUUCAUUUUGGAAACAGUUUCAAAUGGCAAAAACUUUCAAGAACAAUAUGAUCGUAAUCGACAACUAAUUCUCAUUACCUGUUCUGAAAAUGCUUGUGACUACACGUGGGUCAUCUUUAGAUCCGAUCUUCAAAAAUUUAAGAUGACUCGGUUUGAUGAUGACAUCUUCUCCCUCUUAGCAUACGAUUUGGCGGGGUGUGUUAAAGAAGUUCAAAGUUCUUGA